UAGCUGAAGCUUUUCUCCACUCACGCGCGCCCCCCUUUCAAAACAAAACAAACGGAGUUCUUUCAUAAGAAAGCCAUUCAUUACAUCCCCUCAAAUUUCUGAUCCAAAUCUGCGCAAAAUCGACGAUUCGAAACCCUAAUCACUCAGCAACAACAAUGGAUGGACAUGAUUCAGAUGAACCUAAGCAAAAUACCACUGACAUGGCUGCAUUUGUACAAAACCUUCUUCAGCAAAUGCAAACUAGGUUUCAAGCAAUGUCUGAGAGUAUUGUUACGAAAAUAGAUGACAUGGGUAAUCGCAUUGAUGAACUGGAGCAGAGCAUUAAGGAUCUGAAAACAGAAAUGGGGCCAGAAGAGUCUCCCUCUCCAGUGGCACCAUCAAAACCUAAGCCAGAUGAUUCCAAACCAGAGGAUUCUUGUAUCACAACUGAAUGAGGUCCAUCAAGGUGCUUUACUUUCCAUUGGGCUCUUUCUAUGUCCGGAAAUCAACUCUCCUGAAAAUGUUCCUAAACCAACUGUGUGAAGUCUUUAUCGUGUUUGUUACACUGCAUUUUUUUUUUUUGUAUGUAUCAGUUGUCUGGUUUAGCUGUUGCCAACUUCAUGACUUAUGCAUAAUGUGUGAGGAGGUGAUACUAAUGAUAUUUUGUAUGGCAAGGAUGCUAGUAAUCCUUAGCAUUUUAUCCUAGACAUAUGGAAGUUGAGGCUAUUAGCAACUUUUUGUGCUUUCAUCA